CUACUAGCUAUUUUUUAUACCAACGUAUAAACUCUAGGAAAAACAUUACUCUAUGGUUAUACAAAACUGUUGUAGAUAUAUAAUAUAGAGUAAAUUGAAUAAAUUGUAUUUGUAUCUAAUAAAAAAAAAAUGUAUUUUAGUGAUUAAUUCUAAUUUAUUUUCAGUUAAUGUUAAUUAUUUCUAUUAUUUGGCUAUGUCAAAAUAACAAUUGUCAAAAGACUUAAAGAUUGAUUUGACUGAAUACUUUUAGAUCAUUAUUUGGUCACUUGACAUAUUCAGUAAGUUUGUAACCAACCUACCUUUAUUAUUUGGAUAAAUACCUAUAGGUAAUUAUUGAAUAUGAUUAUUACAUAAAUUUAAUUUAAUUAUUUCUGAUUUCUCCCUUAUAUUUUUCUUCAAUAUCUAUACAGGUUAUCCUACAAUGUUAUCCAUAUGCUAAUGACUGUCAAUAUACAAUUAUUUUUAUCAAUCCAGUUUUGUGUCAGAGGACACAAAUGUAGAGAAAAAUUACAUUUUUAUUUUCAAUUAUUAAUCACUAAAAAAAAAAUAACUUUAAUAACUUUUUAAAAUUUUCAAAAUAGAUAAUUUACCUAUUUGUUAAAUAUAUUCUAAAUAUUUUAAUGUAUUAUACAUCCAUAUUUGAUCAAUAGUUUCUUAAUAAUAUCCAUUUUAAUUUCAACAUUUCUCAUUUUGUAUUAAGAAUAUGAUUUGUUAUCGUGAAACAUAGUAGUCUUGUUUUUUACAUGUUAAUAUAUAUAUUAAAAUGACUAUUACUAAGGAAAUAUUGAUUGGAUAUGAAUGUAUGAUACAUUCGAAUUUUUUAAAUAAUAUAUUUUACAAAUUGGCCAUUUUGAAAAUUUUAAAAGUGAAAUAAUAAAUUAAUUUUUUUAAGCAAUUAAUAGAUGAAAAUAAAAAUUUAAUUUUUCUCUACAUUUAUGUCCUGGCACAAAAACAAUGAAUGUUGACAGAGUUAUUAGCAUAUGCAUUACUCUGUAAACUUUUUUUUAGCAUCAUACCUAAACAUCAAAAUGAAGUCUGAAAAUAAUAUUAUUUUAUUUGAUAUGGGUAAAAAUGAAAUGUUUGAUAUCAAUGACAAUUUAAAAAUAUUAAGGAGAAAACUCAAAGGAUCAUAUACCAUUGCAAUGUAAGUUAUUAAACAAAUGUAUUAAUAAUGGCUGUUUUAAUUUAUUUAUUUUUAGAAAUAAAUAUGAAAUUACAAUGGAUGUUUUAAACGAUACACAGUUAGUUGUUUUUGGAGCUCCACGUGCUAUGUUUUCUGAAGCUGAAUUCAAUUGUCUUCGUAAAUAUAUUGUACUUGGAGGGUCAAUAUUAGUAAUGUUUACUGAGGGUGGUGAAAAAGAACUGCAUACCAAUAUAAAUUAUUUAUUAGAAGAAUUUGGUAUUAUGGUUAACAGUGGUAAAUACAAUAUUUUUUUAUAUUAACUCCAUUUAGUCUUCAAUAUUUUGUAAUUAUAUUAUUAAACCCCCACAUGACCUUGCUUAAUGGAAGCAUGAUACAUUUAUAAUUCUGUAAUAUUUUUGUUAAUAUAUAUUAAUUAUAACUAUUUAUUUGAUAUAUUUUGUUAUUCUCUACUACCUCAAUUUUGAACUAGCUUAACUAGAUCAAUAAGUACUAAUUACUUAUAUUUAUCUAAAUAGGUAAGUAUUUUAUUUUUAUUUUCAGACUAUGUACUACGCACACACUAUUAUUUAUAUUUUCAUCCUAAAGAAUGUCUUGUCAAAGACGGAGUAGUUAACGAAGCUGUAGCUAAAUACUUUGGCCGGGAAAAUGAAAAUACAUCAAAGUAAGUUUUGAAUUAAUAUUUGAAAUUUUUAAAAGAGCAAAAAAUGUACUAGUUUUAUUGUUUACUUUCUUCAAAAAUUUUUGUUAAGGUGUUCUUACUGGUAAAAUAAAACAAAAUCGAGGGUAACCCAUUGUUUUAGAUUUUGAGCGAAGCAAAGAAUGUAUUAGUUUUAUAGUGUUUAUUUUUUUAUACUAUUUACAGAAAUUCUACCAGAAAGCUUACUCUGAAUAUCUUUUAUAAGAAAUCCUACUCUGAUUUACAAAUGUAGUAGCUUUUCAAAAAAAAAAUUUUAUCUGGUUAUAAGAUGUCAUUUUUUUGAUUUUUCAAGCGGUUUUCAUAAUAGUUGAGGAAAAAUUAAAAAACUUACUUAAAUUUAUAAAAUAAACUUUACUCUGAAUCAUUUAUCUUUGUAUAUAGAUAUAAAUUAAAUUUCUCUAUAUACUCCCUUUAUAACUUCUGGCCUAUGGCCUACUCAGCGUGCUAAGUUUGUCAGUCUUUUUUUCUGUGUGAAAUAUACGAAAUAUGUGUGAAAAUUUGAUACUAAAUUUAUCAUAAUGUAUUAAGAAUGUUUGUAAAAAAACAUUUGAUAACAGUACAAUUGAUUAUGUUAUUACGUGGAUUAAAAUAAUUUUUUAGUUGUAUCAAAAUAUUUGUAUUUGUAACAUUAUAACAAUUUUCAGAUGUAUAAGUUUUGUAUUUCCUUAUGGUGCUAGUUUAAAUGUUGCAAAACCAGCUGCCCCUAUACUUACUAGUGGUUCUGUUGCUUAUCCUUUGAAUAGACCACUUUGUGCUUUUUACUCUGCUUCAAAAUAUUCCAAUGAAGGUACUGUUAAAACAUAUGUAUUAUUAAUGCACAACUUGCAUUACAUAAUAUUGAGUCAGUUCACCUUUGCACUUUUCAUAUUGUUACAUAGUAUAAUUUAAACAAUUAUUUUUAUUUUGUUAAGUUAUUACAAAUUAUGUAAUAUUUAAAAAUAUAAUAAAAUGGUUAUAAUGUUGCAGCCAAAAGAGGUAAACUAGCUGUCAUUGGCUCUGGGCAUUUGCUAACAGAUAAAUAUAUUAAUUGGGAAGAAAAUGAUAAAAUUCGUGAAAUUUUGUUUGAUUUUUUGAUCACAAACAAUAUAACUUUAAAUGAAAUUGACGCUAAUGAUCCUGAGGUACAUAUUUAAUCUAUUUUACUGUGCAUUUUUAAUAUUCCAAUUUUUUCUCUGCAUUUUUGUGCACUUUAUCUUUGAAUUUAAUUUAUAUUUAAUUAUUUUUUUAAUAAAUAGUUUUUAUUUUUUAUUUUCAAGACAUCAGAUUAUAAAAUGAUACCAGACAUUGGAAUCUUGUCAUCUCGUGUACGCACCGGUCUUCAACUUCAAGAAAGUUUGAAUAGCACUGGUCAUUUAUUAUUUUCGGCAGAUAAUAUAAAUUCCCUUAUAGAAACUAAAUUGUGUUCCUUAAACACUUCAAUGUUACCAGAUACAUUAAAAGCAUACAAAACUUUAAGUGUUCCUCACAAUCAGUUACAGCUCAUUCCUCCGACAUUUAAUGACACCUUGCCUGCUUUACAAUUUGCUGUAAGUAUGAGUUAUGUAUGGUAUCAAUUCAUUUUUUCAAAUGUGUUUAUCUUAUAGGUAUAUCCACCACCAUUUCAAGAGUUACCAUCUCCAUUUUUAGAGUUAUUUGAUCUUGACAGUAUAUUUAAUUCAGAAAAAUCAUCAUUGGCACAUUUGGCUACAAGUUAUUUAGAAAUACAAUCUAAUGAUAAAACAGUCGAAGAUAACAUUAAUCAAUUUAUUAAUGAUGUUAAUGAAAAAUUAGAAAUAAUUGACCACAUUAAUGACUGUAAAAAAGUAAUACAAACAGUCUUUUCAUUUAUAAAUAAUUAUAAAAAAUAACAAUUUUAAUUUGAAUAAAUGCACCUAAAUAAUUUUUUUUUUAUUAUAUUACAAUUAUUGUAUUAUGAAUAAUAAAUAGUAUUUUUGCACUGAGAAAAUUUUUUUUUUCCAUUUUCUUUAACAAAAUGUUAUAGAAUUCUAUGUAAUAAAUUAAUUACAGUUAUACAUAAAUACAUUUAUUCACAAUUGCUUAUAGAUUUUUAACAUAACAAACUAAAUAUAUUUAAUUGCCACAAAGCAUUCUGGCAGUCUUUUGUACUUGACACAUUAAGUUACUUUUAUUUUGAGAUCCUGCAGAUCUACAAUAUCUACACUUUCCUCCAUGUGCCUUUCUUUGAUUUGUAUAAUGCAUAAGAUAUUAUGUAAAAAAUCAAAGCCCAUAUAAACAUCGAAAUAAAGCCCAUGUAAACAGCCUUGUGAUCAAAAGACCAACCACGCAUUGUUAUACCUCUUAAUGCUUCAAUAGCCAAUGUUAUUGGAACAAACUUAUUAGUAUACUUGACAAAAUGGCGAGCACCUUGGGUAGGCCAAAUAAAACCUAAAUAUUAGAAGUUUAUUUUGUUUAAAAUAUUAAAAUUAAUACAAAAUAUGAUAUUUAUGUAUUUACCACAAGCACACAUCAACAAAAAAUUGCUACCAAUUCCUGCAAAUCCAGCAGCAAAAUGACUGUCAUUUGCCAAAGCCAAUACAAAACCUUGAAAUAAUUUUUAUUGUAAGGACAUAUUUAUGUAUACAAAUAAUAAUAAUUUGACUAGAAUAAUAACCAACCAUAAAUCAUUCCUGUUAUUCCAAUCACUAUAAGAAGACUAAAUCCAAUUGUAACUGAUCCAAUAAACGGGUUACCAUAAAAUAUAUACAUAAUUAUUAAAAUUUCAAUUGCUUGUAUACAGAUGUAUGUAAAUUGAACAACUGAAUGAGCUAAUGCAAUUUCAAGAUAUGUCAUGCCAGAAGUUAAUACCCGAUCCAGUAUACCAUCAUUUUGCUCAUCAAGCAUAACAAAAGUUGUGAAAAUAAUUGGCAAAAAAAACAUACAUCUGAAAAAGUAU